AGAGAGGAAUACAAUUGGCUUUGUACCAAUUCUACAAGUAAAACCAUCUCUGCCUCUGGUUUAUUUUUUCCAAACCACCAAUUUCUUUGUCACUUUCUUGGUUUUCUACAUAUAUAAAAGACCUGCCUCGCACUUCAUUUCCCCAAAUCACAAGCACAAAAUCAAGAAACAUACACAUCUGUUUCUCAUUCUGUUCUCAAAUCUUGAUUCGGUUUGAUCUAUAUAUCAACAGAAAAGGUGAAAAAUCAUCAUCAUCAUCAUCACCAUGAGUUCGACAAGCAGAGCUUGGAUGGUAGCAGCAAGUAUAGGAGUAGUAGAGGCAUUAAAAGAUCAAGGAUUGUGUAGAUGGAAUUAUGCAUUGAGAUCACUUCAGCACCAUGCGAAGAACAGUAUCAGAUCAUAUUCUCAACACCCUAAAAUGCUCUCUUCACUUUCUUCUUCUGCUGUGUCUCAGAAGCUUAAAGAUGAGAAAUUGAAGAAGUCUGAAGAAUCACUUAGAACUGUUAUGUAUUUAAGCUGUUGGGGUCCUAAUUAAAACCUCAUUAUUCAUUUUUGUAAAUAUGUAGUUUUCCUUCAUCAUACAUGUAUGAGUACCUUCAGCUCAUCUAUGAAUGCAACUAAGUUUUGAAUUAAAGAGGUAAUAUUGAUAUUUCCAGUUUUGGAAACCAA